GCUACUCGACAUGCGGAAAUGGUGGCAAUCGAUCAGGUCCUUGACUGGUGCAAGCAGCAUGACCGAGAUUACACAGAAGUGUUUCCACACUCAGUGUUGUAUGUAACCGUGGAGCCUUGCAUCAUGUGCGCAGCCGCCGUGCGCUUGAUGAAAAUUCCACGGGUCGUAUAUGGCUGUCGAAAUGAGCGAUUUGGAGGCUGUGGCUCAGUCUUGAGCAUCUCGUCUGAUGAUAUGGUAGACACAGGAGAACCAUUUGAAUGCAUUUCUGGCUAUCGCGCCAAAGAAGCAGUGGAAAUGUUAAAAGCUUUCUACAGACAAGAAAAUCCCAAUGCACCAAAAUCGAAAGUACGGAAAAAGGACCAUC